UUCUUGUCUUUGACUUGCUCUACCUACCCAGUACCAACCUCAAAUUUAAUGCAAAAAGUAUCUUUCCUUCUCUCUCAAAUGCUUUCCAUAACCAUGGAAGAAGAAGAAGAACAAGAACCAAAGCUGAUCCAUGGCUCCAAGGCCAUGCGCAUGCACACUCCUACUCCCAAUCCUAACCCUUCCCAAACAAUCAUGAGAUUGGCCUCACUUGCGAUCAGCUUCAACGUGCGGUUGAAAUCAUCCCACAUGCCUCUUCACAUGCAGGAACAUGCUCUGCGCCACACUAGAUCACUUUUCCUCCUUCACCACCCUCCUUCUCCAAAGCCAUCCAACACUCUCAUUGCUAGAGCUCUCAAAAAGGAGUUUGACUCGAAGUAUGGAUUGGCGUGGCACUGCGUGAUAGGGAAUAGUUUCGGGUCGUUUGUGAGUCACACAGGUGGAGGCUUCAUCUACUUCUCAAUUGACUCACUUUCUGUUCUUCUCUUCAAAACCGAGGUUCACUUGGUCACGCAACCACCUCCUACUUAAAUUUUAUUUUUUCUUAAUUUUAAUUAAUGUUCCUUAAAACGUAUAUAUACAUAAUCUAGUACUCUUGAUUUUGAUUCCAAUGACAACUUUUGUUGUGUCCUUGGUUGUCUUCCCACGUGUGAACUCAAUGGUUAACUCUUUGACUACUUACCCGGUUUUGAAGAUUCCUUGUAAAUUUUGGCACUAACAAAUGGCAAUAGGUCAUUGAUAGCAUGUUCUUCUAAAGGUUGACGAGUUCAUUGUGAAACAUGAGAUAAUGUGAAACUUCUGGCCUUUAAUUAUAUAUGUGCAUGUGAAGAAGUUGGGCUCAAAUUGGAUUAUGUAAUUCAGUUGAUGGGUAAUGAAGGGUCUGAUUAUAGAGAUUUGUCAUAUUAAUUUGGUUUGGUUUGAUUGAAAAUUUGAUGAUGCCUACAAAUGAACAGUGUUUUUGUCGAGGUAAAACACCGACCACGAGAAAACCAUUUUGUCGUCGGAGGAAUAUUAAUUGGUUCACUUAUUGAAUUUGCAAUUUAUUUACCCUGGUUAAAUAAAAUAUUGUUCAACGAUAGCCA